AUGAAGCCUGUGCUGCUUCUCCAACUCCUGCUGUUGAUUUAUCUGGCACAACAGCUGGUGUCUGGGAGUCUCAAGCAACAAUUUCUGAAGUACAUUUUGGAACCUCCACCCUGCAGAGUGGACCCUGAAAACUGUACUCAGUUCUGUACAUUGCAAGAUGAUUGCACAAAAGGACUUGAAUGCUGUUCUACCUUCUGCGGGAUAGUCUGUACAGUAAACUACAUUAAAACCCAUAAAAGGUAA